UGUCGGCAAUUUCCUCUAUAGUCUCGGGUCGAUGUGACUGGCUCCGUACAAAGCUGGGAGGAAUGAGAAGAUUGAUCUGAGCAGUUUUUAGUUUCUGCAUUUCGAUCUCUGAUUCAGCACCGUUUGCUCUUCUUCAGCUCAAGACACCCCUCAUGGCGAAACCGUUAUUUACGCGAAGGUUAACGAAAGAGUUGAAAGACCUGAGCUUGAAUCCUCCUGAAGGCGUAACGGUAGAGGAUGCUAGUACGUUCAAGAGUUGGGUCAUCUUAAUAGUCGGUGCUCCCGGGACACUGUACGAGGGCGAACACUUCAAAUUAGAGUUUCACUUUACGCCAUCAUACCCACUCGAAUCACCAGAAGUGUUGUUCAUAAAGCCAUACAUCCCAAUACAUAUACAAUCCAUGCUCUCAAGUUGCACAAAAAAGGAGUUACCACCGGACAAUGACUUGUACGUUAGAAAUGCGAAGAGCUCGCCGAAGAAAACAUCAUGGGCAUUUCAUGAUGAUACCGUCUAGGCGUUCCCAACUGAUUUAAUGUCACAUCUGCAAGAGACAAUUAUUUCAAGUAGGAAGUGAUUUAUUUACAUGCACAGAGCUGCUGCAAUGCUGGCCUUGCGUUCGUUGCUUUG